CUCGUGGAGCCCUGAUCAGUUGAAGAUGAUGGUGUAUGGAGGAAACUGCAGGGCACAAGUCUUUUUCAAGCAGUACGGAUGGAGCCAAGGAGGUAAAACCGAGGCUAAGUAUACUUCCAGACCUGCUGAGUUGUAUAAACAGAUUCUUGCUAAAGAAGUUGCUAAAAGCAAGGCCGAGGAGGAAUUAGAUUUGCCUUCAUCUCCUCCUGUUUCUGCUCAAUCAACACAAGUGCCUAAUGGGCUCUCCAGCAUCAAGACCACUGAACCUCCUAGGGAGCAAGAUAAGCCUGAAGUUGUUCCCGUCUCACCAAGAGUUUCUCGCAGCGUUAAGAAACCUCUUGGUGCGAAGAGAACAGGCAAAACUGGAGGACUUGGUGCCCGGAAGCUAACUACCAAGUCUAGCGAGACUCUCUAUGAUCAAAAACCAGAGGAAUCUGUUGUCAUACCAACAGUGACUUCCCCAGUUUCAGCCAAAUCAGCUAGGUCAUCGUUUGCUUCUCGCUUUGAUUAUGUGGACAACGUACAAAACAGAGAAGACUACAUGAGCCCUCAAGUGGUUAGUCAUGUAGCUCCACCAAAAUCAACAGGCUUCUUCGAGGAGGAGUUGGAGAUGAACGGAGGCGGCUUUCAGAAGAAACCCAUCAGAAGUUCCUCAAAAGUGCAAAUACAAGAAACAGAUGAGGCCAGGAAGAAAUUCACAAACGCCAAAUCAAUCUCAUCUGCUCAGUACUUUGGAAAUGACAACAACUCGGCCGACCUUGAGGCCAAAAGUACAUUAAAGAAGUUCUCAGGUUCAUCCGCAAUCUCUAGUGCUGAUCUUUUUGGAGACGAUGAUGGAGAUUUCCCUCUAGAUCUCACCGCCGGUGAUCUUCUCAACCGCCUCUCUCUCCAGGCCCAACAAGACAUAUCAUCAUUGAAGAACAUGGCAGAGGAGACAAAAAAGAAGCUCGGCAGCCUAUGGGUCUGAAAGAUCAAUCUAUUCAUUUUUUUUGCUUAUACACUAAUUUCCAUUUCCAAAUCAAUUAUUCUAUUCAUCAUACUAGGGAAACAAUGUUUUUGUUUAUCAAUAUUUUGUAUAAUUGAGAUUAUGUUUUGUAAAAAUUGUCAUCAAAUAAAAAUAUGUGGAGUGCUUUUUCGACGUUUA